AUGAAUACUAGCAAGAGUGAGACCGUAAAAGAGCCCCCUUUAAAGCCUUCCAGACGAUCCUUGCCAUGCCUUGCUCAAAGCCAAACACACCCUCACAGUCUCAGCAAGCAUUCCUCAUUCCUUCAGCCAAAUCGAGUACAGCCUCAGCCUGUGAGUGCAGGAGCGUCGACGACAACUAUCGAUGUUGUGUCAGAACGAGCCAAAGUGAUGGAAACACUGGAAAACAAUUUACUCAAGUUGUCUAAUACAGAAUACAGUGAUCCAUUCUUGGGCCUAGGAAGAGAGAAAGACACAUAUACAGAUGAUUCAGAACAUGGGAAUUAUGAUUCUCGAACAGAUCAGUCACUGCUUAUUCAAAGUACACCUACAAAACAAAAAACAGAAUCUCGGACAAAGUCGUCUCUGAAGAUCUAUUCCCUUCAGUAA